GGAGCUAGCCCCCAGCCCCCGCCCUCCGAAGUUCGCCUCCCUCCUCUUCCGGGGUGGGGGAAGUGCGCCUCGGGGCGGCCGGUCGCUGGGACCCUAACUCGGCGUGUGGUGCCGACCGGGCCUGGGCAGGUUGUUGGAGGCAGACUUAAUGGGGUCUUGGAACAGCCCGGAAAUCCAGGUUUUUUGUAACGCGGGGCGAGGCUGGAGGGACCGGCCCAGCAAUAUGGAGCCGGCUAGAGAGAGCGAGAGAGCGUGCAAACCCGAGCUGAAAGAUCGUGGGGAAUUGUCUGGAAUCCACAGUUCUCACACUCACUUCCCAAGGGCAGAAACUGCCCCGCAGAUCACAAGACAAAGAGAACAGGAAAGCUCAGGCCAACCGCUCCAGUGCAGAAAUGUACUUUGGUAACCAGAAUUCGAUCAUGAAAUGUGCAGCUCGCAUGUGGUGUGUGCCAUAGUCAAAUCAGAUGACAGAUGGACAGUGUGACAAGAGUGUCAGAAAGGAUCGGGCCUCGAAGGGAGAGUCAGCCCCGAGUCAAUGUGUUGACGAGUUGCUGAAAAGGAAGCCGGUGGGAAGACUGCGACCACAGAGGAAGUGAGCCCUGACUUCAGUCACACCCUUGAUGGAGGACAGAUGGACGGCCGGAUGGCCAAUCACCUCUCCUCUUAAACCUUUGGAGAGUUAUCCUUUAUCCCCUGCUGGACGUGUAUUAGGAAUCCUAACACACUCUCUGAAUUCACUUUCCAUAGAAACGUCAGGUUAGACUGCAGUGUGCAGCCAGCCUCAGCUGUCGCAUGGUCGCAGGUCUGCAGCCAUGAGUGCCGAGGGGUACCAGUACAGGGCGCUGUACGACUAUAAAAAGGAGCGGGAAGAAGACAUUGACUUGCACUUGGGGGACGUACUGACUGUGAAUAAAGGGUCCUUAGUAGCUCUUGGAUUCAGUGAUGGACAAGAAGCCAGGCCUGAAGAAAUCGGCUGGUUAAAUGGCUAUAACGAGACCACUGGGGAGAGGGGGGACUUUCCGGGAACUUACGUAGAAUACAUUGGAAGGAAAAAGAUCUCACCGCCCACACCAAAGCCCCGGCCACCUCGACCCCUUCCUGUUGCACCAGGUUCUUCAAAAACUGAAGCAGACAGUGAGCAGCAAGCUUCGACUCUUCCAGACCUUGCAGAGCAGUUCGCUCCUCCUGACGUUGCUCCACCGCUUCUUAUCAAGCUAGUGGAAGCCAUUGAAAAGAAAGGUCUGGAAUGUUCAACUCUAUACAGAACACAGAGCUCCAGCAACCCAGCAGAAUUACGACAGCUUCUUGAUUGUGAUGCUGCCUCCGUGGACUUGGAAAUGAUCGAUGUGCACGUUUUAGCAGACGCUUUCAAACGCUAUCUCCUGGACUUACCAAAUCCUGUCAUUCCAGUAGCCAUUUACAAUGAAAUGGUUUCUUUAGCCCCAGAAGUGCAAAGCUCUGAAGAAUACAUCCAGCUGUUGAAGAAGCUCAUUAGGUCGCCCAGCAUACCUCAUCAGUACUGGCUCACGCUGCAGUAUUUGCUAAAACAUUUCUUCAAGCUCUCUCAAACGUCCAGCAAAAAUCUUUUGAAUGCAAGACUACUCUCUGAACUCUUCAGCCCCCUGCUUUUCAGAUUCCCAGCAGCCAGUUCUGAGAAUACUGAACACCUCAUAAAAGUUACAGAAAUUUUAAUCUCCACCGAAUGGAAUGAACGCCAGCCUGCACCAGCACUGCCUCCUAAACCACCAAAACCCACUACUGUAGCGAACAACGGUAUGAAUAACAAUAUGUCCUUACAAGAUGCUGAAUGGUACUGGGGAGAUAUUUCGAGGGAAGAAGUGAAUGAAAAACUUCGAGAUACAGCUGAUGGGACCUUUUUGGUACGAGAUGCAUCUACUAAAAUGCAUGGUGAUUAUACUCUUACACUAAGGAAAGGAGGAAAUAACAAAUUAAUCAAAAUAUUUCACCGAGAUGGGAAAUAUGGCUUCUCUGACCCAUUAACCUUCAACUCUGUGGUUGAACUAAUAAACCACUACCGGAAUGAAUCGCUAGCUCAGUAUAAUCCCAAACUGGAUGUGAAAUUACUUUAUCCAGUAUCCAAAUACCAACAGGAUCAAGUUGUCAAAGAAGAUAAUAUUGAAGCUGUAGGGAAAAAAUUACAUGAAUAUAACACUCAAUUUCAAGAAAAAAGUCGGGAAUAUGAUAGAUUAUAUGAAGAUUAUACCCGUACUUCCCAGGAAAUCCAAAUGAAAAGAACAGCUAUUGAAGCAUUUAAUGAAACCAUAAAAAUAUUUGAAGAACAGUGCCAAACCCAGGAGCGGUACAGCAAAGAAUACAUAGAAAAGUUUAAACGCGAAGGCAAUGAGAAAGAAAUCCAAAGGAUUAUGCAUAACUAUGAAAAGUUAAAGUCUCGCAUCAGUGAAAUUGUCGACAGCAGAAGGAGAUUGGAGGAGGACUUGAAGAAGCAGGCUGCCGAGUAUCGUGAGAUUGACAAACGGAUGAACAGCAUUAAACCAGACCUCAUUCAACUGAGAAAGACAAGAGACCAAUACCUGAUGUGGUUGACUCAGAAAGGUGUUCGGCAGAAGAAGCUGAACGAGUGGCUGGGCAAUGAAAACACCGAAGACCAGUAUUCGCUGGUGGAAGAUGACGAGGAUUUGCCCCACCACGACGAGAAGACGUGGAAUGUUGGCAGCAGCAACCGAAACAAAGCUGAAAACCUGUUGCGAGGGAAACGAGAUGGCACUUUUCUUGUCCGGGAAAGCAGUAAACAGGGCUGCUACGCGUGCUCCGUAGUGGUGGACGGUGAGGUCAAGCACUGCGUCAUCAACAAGACGGCCACGGGCUACGGCUUCGCCGAGCCCUACAACCUGUACAGCUCCCUGAAGGAACUGGUGCUCCACUACCAACACACGUCCCUCGUGCAGCACAACGACUCCCUCAACGUCACGCUAGCCUACCCGGUGUACGCGCAGCAGCGGCGAUGAAGGGCCGCCCUCCUGCCUGCUUCUCACCUUCAGCUCCCCGAGGCCUCCAGCAAGCACAGGGCUCCCCUGCAGCCCGACCUGGGAACUGAGCUGCGGACACCCAGCCGCCUGUCUUCAGAUGUGACUCGAGCUUUCGAUCACACGGCAGUAGGGGAAGACACAUACACGGCAGGCUCGCACUGGGCGACGACCACCGUUCCUCGUCUGGAGUGCUUAAUUAGCCUUCCUUCCUUUCCUCUUCCUUUCUUUUUGGUUUUGUUUUUUGGAUUAAUUUAAAGUCACAACCACACACGACACCAAGAGAAGAAAUGCAAAAAUCUCUGCGUGCAGGGACAAAGAGGCCUUUAACCAUGGUGCUUGUUCGUGCUUUCAGAAGCUUUACCAGCUCAAGAGUUGGGACCUUGGAGACCGGAGCGGGGACGGGCUGACGAGCCCUGGCCUGGGGUCGCUCAGUCCAGCCUGGGUGUUGCCGUGCACGGUGGCCCCAGACACAUCGCACUGUGGAUUAUUUCAUUUUCUAACGAAAUGAACCGAUAUGUAGCAGAAAGGCACUUCCGCUCACAGGGGACACUUUGGGGAACGUCCGCUCACGUACGUUCAGAGGAAAUUCUGUUGUAGCAAAGUGCCAGAAAGUGUUUCAUUAGAACUCUACAAACCAAGAAAACCCACCAACAGAAAAAUGGAGCUUGGAAAAUAGGACUUCAAAAUGACACUUAGUAUAUAAAAUAUGUACAUAAUAUUGAAUGACUAACUAUCAAAUAGACGGAUUUGUAUCAAUACCAAAUAGCUUCUGUUUUGUUGUGCUGAAGGCUAAAUUCACAGUGCUAUGCAAUUCUUAAUUUUCAUCAUUGUUACCUGUUUUAAACGUACCUUCAGAAUAAGCUUCCCCUGCCCCAAUUUUUGUUGCUUGAAAACACUGUCCCUGAUUUUUUUUGUUAAUAUUCAUUUUGUUACUUGUUACCUUUUUUUUAAAAAAGAAGAAAUGUACAGGAUGCCAGUUUUAAAAAAAAAAAUGGCUUCAGAUUUAAAACUAUGAAAUAUUUUACAGUUUUUCUUGUACAGAGUACUUGGCUGUUAGCCCAAGGUUAAAAAGUUCAUAACAGAUUUUUUUGGACUAAAUGUUUUGUUGGGCAGUGCCUGAUAAGCUUCAAAGCUGCUUUAUUCAAUAAAAAAAGAGAAAGAUAUAUGAAUAUGACAAAGUAUGGCUGAGUUCAACAAUGUUGUUUCAAGACUUAAGAUACGGUACCUGGCAAUGUUUGUUUCGUAAAGAAUUGUGAACUUCUUGAAUCUAGGGAGGGGAAUGUAGCAAAGGGAUGUACAGGUGGGGGGGAGGGUGGCAGGAUGCCAUGCACUUUCUCUUUCUUGUGAUUACAGAGAAGUGGAUCACUGCAAAGUGAAGUCUUUUCCCACUUUGAUCUGCUACUUACUAUACCCUCAUGACAAAUACAAACCUAUGGGAAUGCUAGGUCUUAGGAAGGAAGGCAGGCAGGGUCCUGGAGCAGUGUUCACCCUUGUUGGAAACACUGAUUUUAAAGUAUCAUUGCUGCAUUUAGAAAACCUGUCUCUCUUUAACAUUAGACUACCCGUUAACAACCAGCCAACAUCCACUGUAGAAAAAGCAUGAUCUGAAAAGAUAUUUUUAUCUGGAUAUCUGCUAUUUUCCUAGCUUUCCACUCAACUUAGAUCAGAAAGCAAAUAGACAUGGUCAUAAUCGUUCCUGCCCCGAUUGUGGGGAGCUUGUUCAAGUCAUGGCCAUUGUAGGAAUCAUAGUAACAGUCCUCAUUCACCCAAAUAAUUGUAUGUGUUACACUUCACUGUGGGGAAAAGGAAGGACUUGUUAGAGUAUUCUUUCCAACUGAAGGCAACAGCAAGAGAUCUCUCUCCCCAAUUUACAUAUGCAAAAGCCUUUGGGUUCAGUGGGAACUGUACCUGUGUUGGGAGGAAUAAUGGGGAGAUGAAAAUGGAAUCUUAACUUCAGUUUUCCUUUCCUAUUUAGAGUCACCACAGCUUUAUUUCUCUUUCCUUCAACUACUGGGGGUAAGGGGGUUUUGUUUUGUUCUUUAAUGUUGUUCCUUUUAAAAUUCUUUCUUUUGAAAGAAUCAGUCUAGUGGCUGACUCAAUCAACUGUAGAAUGUAUUUUUUUUUCCUUUUUACAUGAAGCUACUCAUAUCGAUAGCAAUAGUCAGUCUUACAGCCAGACUGUCAGCCCUCAAACUUGACUGUACUGACCUGACCAUCUCCCUCGCAUCUCCAGACAAUUGACGAUUCCCCUGGUUUUAUUCUCUGAGUGUCUCCUUUACAACUAUCCUUCCAUGUCAUACAGAAGCCCAACCAUUAGUUAAUAGUAGCUUAUCAACUAGGUUUGGUGGUUUUUUUUUAGUAGCACAUCCGUGUAUGCUAUUAAGGAACUUUAAUUUCUAAAAUAUAAGAUCUGAGAUGGAAUAUUGCGUUAAAAAGCUACCAUUCUGUCCACGUUUUUGCUUCACCACUUCACAAGAUGGCAUGGUAUUUAGGCACUUGCCUUAUUUCUGCCUCUCACGAGCAGAAAUGCAAUAGGUUUUUCUUUGACCAGCAAAGGCAGGAUUCAUUGUUUCCUGUCACCGUGAGUCACAACUUACCUAUGACGCUACGCCUGUGCCCAGUACCCUUCUGGCAGCGUGUGGCAUGCCAUCACAUCUGUCCUUGUAGAUGUUUGACCAGCAGGGCUCUGAGUCCAAUCAUUCAUCUCCUAACCACACUGAGCGGCUUAUGAUUAGGGAUGGAGACAGCAGAGGCCCUCCUGAUACAUGCUUACAUCCACGCAUUGAUUUUCCCCACCCAGCGCAGCAUCCUGAAGAUACAAGCCAGAAGCUAAGCUGAAGAGAGGCUGUGAUGGGGCUUUAGAAUUGGGAGCAUUGGGAUCUGAUAUAAUACAUGAGGGAAAAAUCAUAACCAUGUUGAAAAGGCAAAAAGCCUGCGUCUGCAACACCGGACGACUUCACGGCCCUCGAUAUAUGUAUAUAUGUAUAUGUGCAUGGACUGUGUUUCCAGUACACCUUUCAGCCAAAACAGAUCCACAGUCGUUGAGUUCAAGUACAUAACAAGCCAAUGUCUAGUACAAUUCUUGUAUGUGUGUAUGGGGUUUUUUUUUUUCCUUUGAAGUUGCUUUGUUUUGUCUUAUAAAGGUGAAAAGUGUUUGCAAGUGAAGUGAGAAGAAGUUCAUAAUUCUUUGGCUUGUUUCUGUUGUUUAAAAGUUACUCCUCUUGGGUAGCUGGUCUACGUGACUCGCUGAACUCGGAAAUCCUCGUUUUCAGUGUGUCAAGUCAAAAUGUGUUUAUGUGAGCUGUCACUGUGGGGAACCAAUUGCUUUGUCAUAUAGCUGGUUAUGAGCUAGUAACGUGUUUGGGAAGUCCUACUGAUGUUCCUUUUUGGGAGAAAAAUUCUGCUGGUUCUAACAACUGUGCUUUUGCUAUGCAUGGUAUCCCAAGUCAGUUGGAGAGCAGACCCUGAAAUUGGAGUUCAGGGUCAUUUAAGAAAGGGGCAGUUUAUAGCAUAAUGCCUCACAUGGGACAAAGUUCUGAAAUGCCAAAUUCUUAUUUUUUAGAAAUCUAGUUAUAUAAGUUACUAGUAUAAAUUACUAGUAUUAUGAACAAAAUUGGGUUCAUUGGAAACACUAAACGACUUCACUUGGAACUUGUCACCGUGAGAUAGCAUUAGCUGCCCAGGAUGCUGCUAUUUAAAAACAGAAAAAAAAAAAAAAAAAAGGCGAAACAAACAAAAAAAUCUCAUUUAUAUGUGUGUAUUUUUUAAAGCUACGAUCUCUUCGAUGUUUUUACAAAUCUGUUUCUAUGACAUUGUUAAAAUAAAGUUGGUCUUUUGACGAGAGGGAGGAUGUCAUGGUCAGUUGUAAUUUUGCCUUUACAAGGCACCUGGGGCGGGGGGCGGGGGGACUGUGCCUCCUUGACAUUUGUUCAAGCUAUAGAUUCAAUGGAGCUGUGUCUUGUUGUUUUAAGUUGCUUUAAUGCAUUGUAUUAGGUCUUCAAACAGAAUAAAGUUUGUUUUGAAACUUA